CCCCCCCCCCCCCCACCUGCCCUCUCGCACCGCCCGCUGGUGGGGGGCCCCUGCGCGGAAUCCGUGCCCGCGGGCGUCGGCCAGUGGGGGCAGCCAGUUCGCGCCAGCCUCUUCCAUUGAAGAGGCAUCCCCCUGCUCGCCAAGUCCGGACUUGAAGAUCUCACACUGUUUUGUUUUUUUUGGUUGGUUUUACAGUCCCCAGAGAAAUCAGACGACGGUGGUCGUUGUCCUGCAUUCGCGCUCUCUCUCGUCCUCCCUGUCGUGUCGACAUCUCCCUGGGCAUGUGCCUGGAUCGCCCCGCCUGCGAGGUGGCGGUCAUAUACACGUGUCCGCCACAUCGCCGGCCUGAUUCCGACAGGGAGGAGAGUGCGCGCGCUUUGCAAGGAUGGCCAUGCCCCGCCGGGUUCGCCUGCUUGUCAGAUCCGCCUGGGCGGGACCUGUCUGUGUGUGUGUGUGUGCCCGCGCGCCCUCGCACCACGCUUGGGCGCGUGCAUAUGGCGUCCUCCUUCCCCUCUUCGCACACAGAGAGCCGCCGGGCGGGGCAGCCGGGGCGAUGUGUGUCUUCCUCCGCGCGUGGGAGUGCGCGUGUGCGCACAUGGGGCCCUUCCUCCAUCCUGGGAGACAUGCGUCGGAUGCAUCUUCUCCGAGGCGACAUCCGAUGCAUGUGUCCCUCGUUGGGGGGCGGGCUCUUUCUGUUCGCCACGUCCCUCCUUUCAUGGGCGCACCUCCCCCCUUUAUCAGCCACCUUCCCUUGCGCCCUAUCACCAUUUUCUGCCCCCUCCUGACACCGUUCCCUUCCUCUCUGUUUGCUUCGCACGCACCCCCCUCUCCAGACACAAUGGUCAAGGGCAACCACAUCAUCCCCGGCUCCCACUUCCGCAAGCACUGGUUCCGCAACGUCAAGACCUGGUUCGACCAGCCCGGCCAGAAGAAGGCCCGUCGUGUUGCUCGCGCUCAGAAGGCCAUCGCCAUCGCCCCCCGCCCCGUUGCCGGCCUCCUCCGCCCUGCCGUCCACUGCCAGACCCAGAAGUACAACGCUAAGGUCCGCCUUGGCCGUGGCUUCACCCUCGAGGAGCUCAAGCUCGCUGGCGUCUGCAAGCGCAAGGCCCUCUCCAUCGGUAUUGCCGUCGACCACCGCCGCAAGAACCGCUCUCAGGAGUCCCUCGAUGCCAACGUUGCUCGCCUGAAGGCCUACAAGGAGAAGCUCAUUGUCUUCCCCAAGAACGCCACCAAGGCCACCAACGAGGACCUCAAGAACGCUGUCCAGUUCACUGGUCCCCUCUUCCCCCUCGAGAAGAAGCCCGCCGUUGCCGUCACCACUGUCCCCGUCGACACCCUCAAGACCAGCACCAACGUCUUCCUGCUCCAGGGCCAGCUCCGUCGCUCUGUCAAGUUCGGCGGUAUGCGCGCCAAGUCCGCUGCCGACAAGGCUGCCAAGCAGGAGCUCCUCAACCGCAAGUAAAUGGACACUCCACAGUAGUAUUCAUUUGGGCGGCCGUCUUCCCCUUCGGGGGGAUCCCCUGUCCGGUGACAUCCCUGUUAAUAUACGCCCUUCGUCAAUACAAUUUUCUUUGCAGACGAGAGACGACGAGAAGA